AUGACGAGUGGCGUAGCGCGUGCUGUGCAUGACUCAUGGCACCUCGGAGAAGCUCCUGCCUCCCAACGGCCUCCUCGCCGCUGCCGCCCUUCCACACACAAGAUUGCGCUUUCCGUUCGGGUGCUCCAGUCCAAUCCAAUCCAUUCUUGGGUUCACCUAACGAGGGCUGAAGCUACCUUGGCAGAAACGAAGCAUUUUAGUGAAGGGGGAACUGGCAUCAGUGAAGGGAGAGCUGGCAAGGGAGAAUUGGCAGCAGCAGUGACAGAUAAGGUGGCGUGGCAGAAUGAGCGAGUGUUGGUGUUGGAAGCAGGAAAGUGGGCUGUGGAGAAUGAGGUGAAUGAGUUGAAACGCGCCCUGGACGAUAUGCAAGCGAGGGAGAUAGAUUUGGCUGCAGCGAAAGGAGAGGUGGAUGCAGUGAAGGGGGAGCUGGCUGAGCACAAGGAGGCUGGAGAGCGAAGGCGAUCGGAAGAAAGCAUUGAAGGCGAUUAA